CCAGGGUUGACAGAACCGCAGUGUGAAGCAGACAUGAGGGCAGACGAUCAUCUCUCUUUUACACAGGUUUGAUGAGACCAUGGAUAACAGCAGCUUGGGAUGGUUCGGAGACGCCAACACAUCCCUUCAGAGUGAACUUCAGUCCUGUGGCACACCAAGGCACCAGGCUUCUCGCAUUUUUCUGUACGCCUUUCUCUCUGUUGGAAUAGUCAGCACGGUGGUGGGAAACUUCCUGGUGGUCUUGUCCAUCGGUUACUUCAAGCAGCUGCAGUCUCCCACCAACUCCUUCGUCAUGUCCCUGGCUGUGGCUGACUGCCUUGUUGGCCUGGUAGUGAUGCCAUAUAGUAUGGUUCGGACAGUGGAGGGUUGCUGGUACUUUGGUUCCCUUUUUUGCCAGCUUCACUCUAGCCUGGAUGUUAUGCUCUGCACAGCCUCCAUAUUCCAUCUGAGCUGCAUUUCCUUUGACCGCUAUUAUGCAGUGUGCAACCCGCUAGUUUACUCCUUGAAGAUGUCUCACAGUCGGGUCGCUCUCCUCAUUGGUGUAUGUUGGGUUGUACCCAUGCUCAUAUCCUUUGGCCCCAUCAUGCUCAAUCUCCAUGUUGCUAGUGAGGAGAUGCCGAUUCCUCAGGACGCCUGCGUGUUCCUCGUCAGUCGCACUUACGCAGUCAUGGCUUCCUUGGUGGCCUUUUACCUGCCCAUGGCUAUCAUGCUUGUGGCCUACUGGAAGAUCUUCAAAGCCGCCAAACGGCAGGCCAGGCAGAUCAGUGCCAUGGAGAGCCAGAUGGCUGCCGGAGUGGGCAAGGACUCGAGCAAGAAAAAAAGACACAGGAACACCAUGAAGAGAGAGAGAAAGGCCGCAAAAACUUUAGGCAUCAUCAUGGGGGUUUUCCUUAUCUUCUGGAUGCCGUUCUUCACGGUCAACAUUGUGGACCCAUUCAUUGAGUACAGCACCGAGGUGGUUGUCUGGGAUGUAUUUUUGUGGUUAGGAUAUAUCAACUCAUCUCUAAAUCCCUUCCUGUAUGGCUUUUUCAACCGCUCGUUUCGUAGAGCAUUCCUCAUGUUCAUAGGCUGCAGGGUGUGCCUGCCUGGAUCAUCCUCAGGGAUGGAUUUAUCGCACACAAGGAAAGAGGCUAAUGAAUGUGCAGAUCAGCCAUAAAAUGAAGCUAGAAUCUGUACAUGCUGUGUAGGUAUAGAAAGCUCAUUCAAUAGUAAUUGCUAUUUUGUUGUGAGUUAGUUGCACUUUUAACACAGAGUUCAUAGCCAGGCAGAAUGUGUUUCUGUUGGGGAUAAUUAGCAUUACAACAUGUGUGGAUUGUAACGCUAAUGAAAGGGGGGUUGCCAACAACCAUCAUGCUCAAAAUCAUCUGUUUUCCCAUUAUGUAUGUGCUCUGUGGCACAAACUUUUAGAUGUGGUAACAUUUUAUUUUGACACAAUGCAUUGCAUAACUGUGUCUGGCCCCGAAAGAUCAGAUAUCCUGUAGAGAAAAGUGAAAAUCGAACCGAAAAGGUCGUGAAUUUCAGGCAUAAUUUGUCUUCUUGACAAUUUAGACUAUACCCCUACGUUUUUAUCUAAACCACACAAAGUAGAACCAUCCAAAUGGCUAUAGGUGUUUGUACUCACAAUUAAAAUUGUGUGCAACUAUUGGUACUAUUGGUAAACUUACAUUUUUCAUUGAAAAGAUAUUUCAGUCAAGCAACAGAAGCUUCAGAAGAUCCGAAAAGAUAAAAACCCAAAUGAGAAGGACAGAACUACAUGUAUACCACAGAUAAUAGGUUUUGUUAAAGAGAAAUCCUAAAUGAGGAGCAAGGUUUGGAAGACUUUGGAAGACAAGGCAACAUCAAAGCAAUACAUGAAGCAUC